GGCCUCUGAGGUAUUCUCCCAGGGGAAGAAAUGGCAUUUUCUCUCCCCUUUCCCACCCCACCCCCCAAUAGGACUGGUGUGUCGGCAGAGGCGUCUGCCGAGGGGCUAAUUUCGCUUUCCUUGUUUACGACCGAGAAAACGCUUGGCUUUCCCCAAAUGGGCCCAGCCCGCCGCCUGCUCCGGCUGCAGCGCAUUCUCCCGCCCGCUGGAGCCUGGCCCCUAGGCGGAUGCCCCGGGGAAGCCAGGCUGGGGCUGACCGGAGUCCGUGGGACCAGAAAAGGGCCAGGGGAGUGCGUCGAGAGAGUGGAGGGGUCCUGGAGGCCCCAAAGUCAGCCUUCUCCUGGCAUGCUGUGGGAACCGCUGAUCGCGGGGGCUCAAGCCCUAGACCUCCAGAAAUGACGUCAGGAGGAGCGUUUGCAUCCCGCUGCCUCAACCUGCCUAGUACUGCUGGGACCCUGUCUCCAAGGCCCCUUGGCCAAGAGGGUUGGGCGCUGCCCUGUGACCUAUACGGACUGCAACGUGAUUGCGAUAAUGGAGACUACUGGAAAGGCACUGAUGCCGAGGCCCACAGGGCCCACUGGAAGCCGGAGAGGAGACCCUGGGCGGGGGCUGAAUCACAGCUUCCAAAGCCCAGGCAUUGGAGCCGAGCUGGGAGCCUCCCAUCUUCUUUUGCAGGGGAGGACUGUCAGUCUGGUGGGGAGUGCAACGAAUAUUCGCAAAAUAGCUACAUCCCUGAACACAGUCCGGAAUAUUACGGCCGGACCAGGGAAUCGGGAUUCCAGCAUCACCACCAGGAGCUGUACCCACCACCGCCUCCGCGCCCUAGCUACCCUGAGCGUCAGUAUAGCUGCACCAGUCUCCAGGGGCCCGGCAAUUCGAGAGCCCACGGGCCGGCCCAGGCGGGCCACCACCACCCUGAGAAAUCGCAGCCGCUCUGCGAGCCGGCGCCUCUCUCAGGCGCCUCCGCCUCCCCGUCCCCAGCCCCGCCAGCCUGCAGCCAGCCAGCCCCCGACCAUCCCUCCAGCGCCGCCAGCAAGCAGCCCAUAGUCUACCCUUGGAUGAAAAAAAUUCACGUUAGCACGGUGAACCCCAAUUAUAACGGAGGGGAGCCCAAGCGCUCGAGGACAGCCUACACUCGGCAGCAGGUCCUGGAAUUAGAGAAAGAGUUUCAUUACAACCGCUACCUGACCCGAAGGAGAAGGAUCGAGAUCGCCCAUUCGCUGUGCCUCUCUGAGAGGCAGAUCAAAAUUUGGUUCCAAAACCGUCGCAUGAAAUGGAAGAAGGACCACCGACUCCCCAACACCAAAGUGAGGUCAGCGCCCCCGGCCGGCGCUGCUUCCAGCACCCUCUCGGCAGCCACCCCCGGCACUUCUGAAGACCACUCCCAGAGCGCCACGCCGCCAGAGCAGCAACGGGCAGAGGACAUCACCAGGUUAUAAGACAUAACUUACACCCCUGCCCCCAUCCUGUGCUCCGUGCCCCCUCACACACAAAUUGACUCUUAUUUAUAGAAUUUAAUAUAUAUAUAUUUUGGUUCUUUUUUUCUCUCUUUCCUCCUGCCUCCUCCCUUGUCAGUUCCAAACAGACAAAACAGAUAAACAAACAAGCCCCUUGCCCUUUUCCCCUUCGCUGUUAAGGACCCCUUUAAGCAUGUGGUGUUGUCUUAGCGUGGUACCUGCUGGGUUUUUGUUUUU